AUGAUUCUUGUUCUUGCUUGCUUCAUUGCUGGGUGUGUGGCAGCUUCAAGUUACAGCGUGACGGACUUCGGAGCGAAAGGAGAUGGCGUAACAGAUGACACUAAAGCGUUCUUGGAUACAUGGAAUGCAACAUGUCAGAGUUCUGUAUCCUCCAUUCUCCUCAUCCCUGCAGGGAAGACGUUCCUGUUGAAUCCCAUCGUCUUCCAGGGUCCCUGCCAGUUUUACGUCCGUGUUCAGACGCUAGCUUUGCUGUUCUGCAGCAGAGCGCUGGUGGCUGGUCUGAGGCUCAUCAACAGCCCCCAGAUGCACCUAGUGGUGGGUUUCAGCUCCGCAAUCCACAUCACCGGUGUCACCAUCACCGCCCCGGGCGACAGCCUCAACACCGACGGCAUCCACAUCCAACAGAGCCGUCACGUCAUCAUCUCCGACUCCACCAUCGGUACAGGAGACGACUGCAUAUCGAUAGGCACUGGUUCUUUCCAUGUUAAUGUCAGCUGGGUAACAUGUGGCCCUGGCCAUGGCAUAAGCGUUGGUAGCCUGGGAAUGGACAACUCUCGUGCGGAAGUGUCGGAUAUCCAGGUUGGUCAUUGCAACAUAUUUAGCACAAUGAAUGGCGUAAGGAUAAAGACAUGGCAGGGAGGAUAUGGUUAUGCAAAGACGAUAAUAUUUGAGAAUAUCAACUUCACUGCAGUGAUGAAUCCUAUAAUAAUUGAUCAACACUACUGUGCUGCCGGUGUCUGCGCCGAGAAGUCGUCAGCUGUGCAAGUGACUGAUGUGCGAUUCAUCGAAGUAAGAGGCACAUCAAGCAGCCAGGUAGCGAUCAACUUAAACUGCAGCCAAAACGUGGCCUGCACGGGCAUCACCAUCCAGAAUGUUGAGAUCCAACCUGCACAGCAAGGAGGGCAAGCAUCAUCUUACUGCUUCAACGCCCAUGGAACAGUGACCGGUGUCGCCAUGCCUGCGCUAGAAAAACUAGCUGACCGCGAGAAUGAAAUUGACCACCACAUGCUGGAGAAAAGAGUCGGUGUAAGUGCCCUUCUUCACGAAGGGAGAGAGGACGUUGUCGUCGUUCCGGCUGUCUCUGAGCUCCAGCUUCCGGGCCUUGAUGCCAAGUUGGAGCCGUCGACGUGCGCGACGCUGCACGUGAGCGUGGCCUCCAUGGCAACUUGGAGCCACUUGUUGAACCGCCAGACAAACUCGAGGAAGAUGAAGCGAUGGAGGCUGGCCACGGCGGCGCUGUCGAAGGCGAUUGCGGAGGCGUUCUCCAGGAGGUCGAGUGCGAGCGUCUCCGGGUCCUUGCCGAAGGCGAGGCCGCAUAUGUUGUCAAAGCAAGCUUGA